AUGGCUCCCCGUCGUCUGCCUGCAGAUCUUCAUGUAAAAAGUCCUCCCUCCAAUUCUGUGCGAGGUAACGAUCCGCUGAAGAACGCGUACCUUGGAGAUCUGCACUUCCGCACGCUUCUGGAAGCGAUAGCAGGCAGGCUGCAGUGUCUCGAGUCGCAGCACGAACAAGACGUUGCAUGCCUGCAAAACAGCUUCGCGAGGGAGAGGGACGGGUUGCUUGCUCAGCUAAGCCGCCAAGAUGGACAGGGCAAAGCCGAGGAAAUGAUGAUGGGGGUUUCUGAAACGAAAGGAGUCGCUGGAAAGGAUGAGGUCACGCAAGAGAAAGGGGAAAGAGGCUCUGAAGGGGCGACACGUCAAGCGAUCGAAAGCAGUACCGUAAAUCACAGACGUUCAUCUCGUGGAACAGAUCCUGACCCUUGGGGAAAAGAAAGCAUUGCAAAUAGAGCUUUCCCGCAAGAGGGUGAGCAGGUUUUCAGCGGUAACGUGACUGAAGCUCCGUUUGCAAUAGAAGUCUCGAAAGAAGCAGAGCCGGCCAAGGUGAUAUUCGAGCCGUCCGAGUGGAGAGCAAAGGAAGACGACGAUUCAAUGCACGAGAGCAAGACACAAGGGAUACACAAUCAGGAUCAGUCACUGAAACUUCUACGGCCCUCUUCGCUGGUGCAGGUCGGAGAAGAAAAGGCUUCAGGCAGACUUCUUGAUUCCUUCCUUUCCAAAAAUAGCACAGAGUUGGUGCAGGUUGGAGGAGAAAAGGCUUCAGGCAGACUUCUUGAUCCCUUUCUUUCCAAAAACAGCACAGCAAAGCAAGCAGUACAUAUGGACUCGCACAUGAACGCAGAAGCGUUAUUGACAGAUCAAGGAAAGGGCACAGUGCCUGUGGCUCUGGAUUCGACCGAGCCUGGACCUUAUUCUGCCAGCCAGUUCGACGUUGCAGUGAGCCAGAUGCAGGACGCAGCCCGCAGAGAGGCAGUGAGGUGCACCUGCGUGCAUGCAGGCUUCCUGAGCCAGCUGGGGCGCCUGUCACAGCAGAAAGCCAGCGGUCGCUGCGCGGUGUGCCGCGAGGUGGAGCGGAGCGCGCGGUCGUGGCAGGCCCAGAGAGGGGACUGGCGGGACGACCCAGGGGCGGCGGAGAACGCGGCGCUGGCGUUGGUAGACAUCAAGUGGAGCAGGACAAGCGUAGAGGCGAUGCUGCUCCGCAUGAAGGCCCGGAACGCCAACGGAACGGCAGCAACUGGCGAGGGGGGUCAACGAGCACCGCUGACGUGGACGGAUCACGGCGAAGACGCACUUCCUGGAGCUGACAUGAGCCUCUGCAGCGAUCAAGAUCAGGGGCUGACUGUCAAGAGCCUGAGCCAAGGCGACGCUUCGGGUAUCAGGGAAUGCGCUGAAAUGAAGGAGAGCAGCAGAGACGUGAAAGACAGCACAAGCACCCCUGAGGAACUCGAGACAGAACAGCAAAUCGAUGGCCUGGCUCUAAAUAGUGAGGUUCUCUUGGAAGGAGAAGGAGCGCAGCCUGCGGAGGACAACGAGACGGUAGACGCGCGCGAGCGCGAGCGGUGGUCGCAGCAGAUGCGCGAGCUGGCUGCCAAGGUCAACAGAGAGGCCCAGGGGUGGCAACGGUACGCGCGAGCAGCAGGCGCAGCGGCGGUGGGGAAACGGACGGCGGCAGGAAGGCGUGGCAGAAAGACUGUGAUACGGAAGCAGGAGGAGAUCGCACCAACGGGGGCAGUGACGAAGCGUGCCAAGGUGCUGCGGCAGGGGCCCCGGCAAUCGUGGAAGCGGCGGGAGGCGCUGCAGGCGGCGGAGGAAGAGGCGCCGCGCGAGGAGCCGCGAGGAUCAAAGAUGCGCGGGGGAUCAGGGAAGCGCGGGAAGAAGAGCAUGAGGCACCACGCGGCAGGAAGAAGGGGCAGGAAGCGGACGGCGAACGACGCGGAGGUUGGGGGGACCGAAGAGGAUCACGUGCUGACUACGCUUGACGGACCGGGGCCCCUUGCGACCACCGCGGGCGCGCAAUCCCCGCUGAAAAGAUUCGCGGGUGCCAGGACAACGGAGGUUGCAGAAGCACCUGCCGCCGUCUUCGAUCUGUCCCCCGUUCCCGGUAACCCCCCCUCUUCUCCCAGGCAUGCCCGCUUUCAAGCGAGGGCCGGUCCUGCUAGCCCGCUUCCACGUGGCCUGGCCCCGCAGACCCCCAGUCCCGUGAGAGAGCCCGCGAGGGGUCCGCCGGGCGGGGGCGACGUCCCCCCCGAGGCGGCGCUGAGCGACGCGCUGUGCCUGGAGGAGUACCCCGUGUUCUGCAAGCGCAAGCCGGGGGCGGCGGAGGGCGGCGUGCUGCCGGGCAAGCUGCGCAUCUGGCACGGCGGCCGCGUCAUGGUCGACUGCCUCUGCGCCGACUGCACCCACAGCUGCGGGCCUACCGGCCUGCGGAUGUCCCCUGUGGCCUUCGAGGCCCACGCGGGGCGCGCGGCUGCCAAGAAGUGGCGCACCAGCAUCUGGAUCCGCCUGCCCGCCACCACGGCGGACGGGCCCCCGCGCGAGUGCACCCUGGACGACUGCCGCCAGCUGAGCAAGGGCAGAAGGCUCGUCCCGGGCGUCACCGGGGCUGCGAUCGGAGGCGUUUGA